GGCUGGAUAAGGGAAGGGCUUUGGGUGGUUAUAUAAUCCAGUGGUAUGUACAUGUGUAGCAUAAGGGAAGUGGGUCAGAGUAAAACAGUUUGAGUGAAAGGAACUGAACUGCAAACUUGCAGCUUUUUAUUUUAUAAUGGAAGAACCUGAUUUUUCUUCGAUGAUGUCGGCCAGCCGACCUGAACUGAUUGAAUUCGAAGGUAUCUGUAUGAGUCAUUACUUUACUGAUGAUUGGGAAAAUGUUCAGAACUUCCAGGCAAGACCAGACGACAUCCUCAUUUCUACUUACCCCAAAGCAGGCACCACUUGGGUUUCUUACAUCUUAGACUUACUAUAUUUUGGCAAUACGGCACCAGAGCGUCAGACAUCAAUACCUAUCUUCAUGCGAGUGCCUUUCAUUGAGGCGGUUCUUCCAACGAUACCUACAGGGGUUCAACUAGCAGAUAAUCUACCCACCACACCACGACUCAUCAAAACUCAUUUACCUGUUCAGCUGGUGCCCAAGUCCUUCUGGGAACAGAACUGCAAGGUUGUCUAUGUAGCACGUAAUGCCAAAGACAAUCUUGUGUCUUAUUUCCACUUUGACCGCAUGAAUCAAAUCCAACCCUAUCCAGGAGACUGGAACAAUUAUAUACAAAAGUUCAUGGAUGGAAAAACUGCGUUUGGCCCUUGGUAUGAUCAUGUGUGUGGCUACUGGGAGAAGAAGCAAACCUACUCUAAUCUUCACUACAUGUUCUUUGAGGAUAUGGUAGAGAAUACUGAUCGUGAAGUGGAGCGGCUGUGCACUUUCCUCGGUUUAUCUAAACCAACAGAAGAGAGAGAGAAUAUUACCCAAAAUGUCCAUUUUGAUGCCAUGAAGCAAAACCAGAUGACCAACUACUCCACACUCCCAGUCAUGAAUUUUUCGAUCUCACCAUUCAUGCGCAAAGGUAAAGUCGGUGACUGGAAGAAUCACUUCACAGUGGCCCAGAAUGAGCAGUUUGAUGAACACUACAAAGAAAAGAUGAAGAACACAACUUUAAAAUUUCGAACACAGAUUUAGGACGUCAUGAGAAUCUUAGAAUUUUUUUUUUACAUGUACAAAUUUUUAUUACAGUCAAGUUAAGCAUCAACAUCUGAAAGGGAAUACUAUGAACAAAUCAAAUAUGUUAUCAACUUAUGUUAUGUUUAUAACAGAAUUUUUUGAAAUGGCUAAACUUUUAUCACAUAAAAGGAAGGUGCAGAUAUAUAACAGCAUCUUCCUAGAUACAUUUCAGCUGUAUAAUGAUUGAAUUUUGAAUAUGCUGCUGCAUUUUACACAUCGCCUGGAUUGAUUUAUUGGCAAAUCUUAAAAAAAAUAAAAAUAAAAAAUGUACUCUA